UCACCUCCGCAUUGAAGUGCUAUAUUAGAUCUUUACUGACAAUCUUGUACCAUUAGAAUUGUACGACAUUUGCGAACGUAAACUCCCCCAGCUGGUGUCACUGACAACAGACACGCACCUCAAUCGUCCUCGAACAUGGUCCCUGCGGUCUGAUGAACAGGCCAAAUGCCAGUUACUCGAAAACGUUUCUGACGCGGAAGAACUAUCGGGGGCCGACUCUGUUGCGGACCGUACUUGGAAGGAAUACUGCACUUGCUUUCGCUUCUGACUCCGGAAUCAACGCAGACGAGGAAAGCGCGGUCAUGCAGACCCAACCCGCCGAGGACGACCUGGUGGCAAUCUAUGGUCCUCCCGCGAGCAGCGAUGACGAAGACACCAAUGCCGACCUCGAGACAAAAGCAGAUGUCCCUCUGAACACGACGAAGAGCCCGACUCGCAGCCCACCGAAACGCCCGGCCACCACGGCAGCAUCCUCAAGAAGCAAGCGGAGGAAACUCAAGGACCAAGACUCCCUUGACACGAUCGAUGUACCCAACCCGCCUGACAUGCAAGACGCAUGGCUAGGUUCCCAGAGCUCUCAAAAGGGUUCUCAAAAGAGAAAGCUCAAACAAACAUAUGCUGGUCGCAAAUGCUUUGAGAAACCCGAGGCCAUAGACACGCUGGGGAUGAAGCCCAGCCUGAAGCAAGAAUUCAUUUCAUACGAAGAAAUUGAAAGGCCUGGGAAUGGUCUUAAAAUCAGAGGAGACUAUGUUGGCGUUGCUCCAUUACCCGAAAAACACUCAACCAGAGCCGCAUCUCGACGAAAUAAAGCACUGGAUAUCGCAGACCUUCCACAAGCUCUGCGAACACGGAAAGAGACAGACUUCCGAGUUCCCGAACUACCUGAUAUUACCUCUUCGGCUGCAACUUCAGCUACAGAUAUUCUUUCCGUAUUUGAAGAUGCACUCCCAUCAAACAGCAAGCGACAAAGAUCAGGAUCGACGUCUUCUCUAUCAUCUGUUGACUCGAUGUUCAUCCUGGAAAACGAAGCUGACCUCAUCGAGCAAAUUGAGCCGGUCGAAGAUCGUGUUCGUUGUCCAGUAUGCCAGAAAGUUGUCCACGAUUCGAUCUCGUUAUAUAUUCCGGACAAUCUGCGCUCGUUGUCGUUCAAGCAACAACAAAACUUCUGCUCUCAGCACCAGGUGGCCGAUGCCAAGGAGCUAUGGGAGCGGCGUCGCUACCCGAAUGUCGACUGGGCAGAACUCGAAAAGUCUCGAAUACCUGGCCACUUGCCUUCAUUGAAGAAGCUCAUCAACCGGCAAAUAUCGAGUGUUUAUCUCGACGAACUCGACAAGAAAGUCAAGACUGCGAAAGGCAAUCAGAAAACGAUACGCCAAUAUCUGAGAGAAGGAGUCGUGGAGGUAGCUAAGCCAGGCUAUUACGGCCCGAAAGGCACGAGAAUUAUGGUCACGGCUAUCACAGAGGCACUGACAGAGACGCUUAAAAAAGCUCUACAAUCCGACGCGGUCCUUCGAGCUGCGGGUGUUGGCGGAUAUGUUAGUGCUGUGUUGGUUCCGACGUUGACGCUCAGGCUGGUGAUGGAGGAUAUGUCACUUGCUCAUGAUGUGGACCAAGGGAGAAGGGUCCUGGAAGAGAGUACGAACAUUGGUGUUUUGCUGAAUCCCGACGAUGAUCAUCUUGAACGGGAGGAUGAUGACUAGGAAACGGAUUUUGUGUUUGCAACGGGGUGGUGUUUUCCUACUACUUCGGUGAAAUCUUUCAAUCAGAUGCUAGUUAGCAUGCAUGCGUAUGAGAGCGAAAAGUGUCGACAUCUUUAUUGAUAUCAUGUUUGGGGCUCUGAAAAUGGACUUGGGUGGAGUACAGCUGACAGACUGUGGACAGUGUUACCUAGUAGGUGCUUGCUAGUAAUAUACCUACCUAGGUAGGUCUUCUAAGCCUCACCAGCCUUAUUCAAGGUUGCUUUCGUU